ACUCCCAACCCCCCCAUCUUCCCACCCUUUCUUGCUUUUGCAAUAAAUGCAUUGCAAAAUUUGUAAUAAACAACAGCCAAGCUACAGUAAAGCAAACUCUCCCCUGUUCUUCUUUCUCUUCAUAAACAAGCAAGAUAUCCCCUUGUUUUCUUUUUUCGUAUUAAUUUUGGAGUAUUAGUGAUUUGAUUCAGAAUCCCACUUCUUAGAAACAUGGGAUUUCACCACCUCAAUACAGUGAAGUCACUAGUAAAGUGCUAUUGACGUUUGACCAAGAUAAGUUUCAAAGUUCUCUUCCACAUUGGAGUCUUGUACACAUCCCAUUCCACUGCAUGGUUGACUAAAAAACCAAUCCGUUAUUAUUGUCAUAUUGGUUUUCCAGAGUAUAAGAACAUUGUUUUUCCUUCCAAACAAAUGGUCUCUUUCUGGGUCUGAGGAAAUGGGGGGUUGUGUGUCAACCAGUAGCCAAAGUACUUGCAGUAGCAGGAGCAAUGGAGAGAAGUUUGCUCCAUCUUGUCUAGAGAUGAUGUUUGGGCGAAAGAGGACGAGGACAUUUUCUGACCAUAUUACUAAAUUGCAACAUUUGGCCUCUAUACCCAAUCGAAUUUUCACAAAUGGGCGAACUAGGAGUUCUUGCAUAUUCACUCAGCAAGGGCGCAAGGGCAUCAACCAGGAUGCCAUGAUUGUUUGGGAGGACUACAUGGCAGAUGAUGUGACCUUUUGUGGUGUUUUUGAUGGCCAUGGUCCACAUGGUCAUCUUGUUGCCCGCAAAGUGAGGGAUGCAUUACCAUUGAAAUUAUUGUCAUUCCUGCAUUCUAAUGACACAAAGCAAAGUGGGUCUAGUGCUAAUUGUUGCAAUGGUGACCUAAAAUCUGAUGUGGUAGAUCCUGAAAAGAAUGGCUCUGUUGAGGAUCAGGUGGAUGAUUCAUGGAGAGAAGCUUUUCUCAAAUCAUACAAGGCUAUGGAUAAAGAGUUAAGGUCUCAUCCUAACUUGGAUUGCUUUUGCAGUGGUAGCACUGCUGUUACUAUAGUAAAGCAGGGCUCCAACCUUUUUAUGGGCUAUAUUGGUGAUUCUCGAGCAAUCCUGGCAUCAAAGGACAGCAGUGAUAAAAUGGUGGCAGUACAGUUGACUGUUGAUCUGAAGCCUGAUUUGCCAAGGGAAGCUGAAAGGAUUAAACGGUGUAAAGGUCGAGUUUUUGCAUUGCAAGAUGAGCCAGAAGUGCAACGGGUUUGGUUGCCAUUUGAUGACGCCCCUGGAUUGGCAAUGGCCAGAGCAUUUGGGGAUUUCUGUCUAAAGGAGUAUGGAGUAAUCUCUAUUCCUGAGUUUUCUCAUCGGGUUCUUAGUGAAAGGGAUAAGUUCAUUGUUCUUGCUUCUGAUGGGGUCUGGGAUGUAUUGAGCAAUGAUGAAGUGGUAGAAAUUGUAUCUUCAGCUCCAACACGGUCAUCAGCUGCUCGGAUCCUGGUUGAGUCAGCUGCUCGAGAAUGGAAGGCCAAAUAUCCAACCUCGAAGAUGGAUGACUGUGCAGUAGUCUGCUUAUAUUUGGAUGGCAAGAUGGAUUCAGAGUCUGAUUAUGAAGAUCAGGGUUUUUCUUCUGCUACUCUGCAAAGCUAUCAUUCUGGCAAUGCUGCAGAAUCCGACGAUGGGCAGAACUCAGAGCCUUCUUUGCAGAGAAACUUCACUGUCAGAUCAAGCGAAGAGAAUGAAGGGUACAAAAGAAUUCCCGUUGAAGGAGAGGGAAAUGGGCAAGCUGUAGUUCCUGAAGAUCUGGACUGGUCAGGUUUAGAAGGUGUUACACGGGUGAAUUCUCUGGUUCAACUUCCAAGAUUUUCCGAAGAAAGACCAAGACCUUAGUUUUGUAAUUCUAUCCUCUUUAUUGUAACACCACUUUCAUCUGUCCCAAGGUCUUAAAGGGAUAAUGUCCUUUAGGUUCGGAAGCAUUUGGUAGAGUUUUUACUGCAAAUACUUUUUGCUGCCUGUUCCAUUUUGUUCAUAUUUCUUCUACUCUCUUAGCAUCAUGGUUGGAUACUCGUAUCAUCGAAACUCAACUGUAUAUACUCUUUGCGAAGAUUUUCUCCAAUCUGCUUCUCUUGUCAUUUCUUA